CUUCUGUUCAGCGCACGACCUGCUGCUGCUCCGUCAAUGAGGUUUUAAACAGGACUGCGGUGUCACUAAGGGCACAAAAAUGUCUUCAAGCAGCCGGCAAAAUCUAUUUUUCAUGCUUCUGUUUGGACAGGUUUGGUCCAUUUUCUCUGUGCAAGAAAUACAAACGGAUCUUGACACCAUUAUGAAGAUCAACGCUGCUGGAGAAAUGAUGCAGUGCUCUGCAGCCAUGGAUAUCCUCUUUGUGAUGGAUAGUUCAUACAGUGUUGGAAAAGGAGGGUUUGAGAGAUCCCGACACUACAUGUUGAAGCUUUGUGAGGCUCUUGAUGUCCGCCAAGACAAGGUAAGAGUUGGCGUGGUUCAGUUUGGUUCCACACCCAAACUGGAAGUCAGUCUAGACUCCUACAAAACCAAGGAAGAGCUGAAGAAAAAGCUGAAGAAAAUCCACUAUAGAGGUGGAAGCACACAGACAGGUCUGGCUCUGAAGUUUGUUUUGAGGAAGGGGUUUUCCGGUGGACGUAAUUCCUCUGUGCCGCGAGUCGUCGUCCUGUUAUCUGACGGAAAGUCCCAGGGGGCCGUGCAGCUGCCUGCCUCUGAGCUCAAGCUGUCUGGAGUGCUUCUGUUUGCUGUGGGGAUUCGCUACCCCAGAUGGGAUGAGCUCCGUGAAUUGGCGAGCGGUCCAUCGGACUCUCACGUGUUUUUCGCAGAGCACUUCAGUGAUGCUGUGAAUGGAUUAUUCACCAGCCUUACUACCUCCUCUGUCUGCAUGUCCAUUCCUUCAGGCUGUAAGGUGGAGUCAUACCCAUGUGUGCAGAAAACCCUGGAGACGGUCAAACAGCUUCAGGGAAACUUUGUCUGCUGGAAAGGGUCCAAGGGAUACUCUGCAUACACGUCCCUGUGCCCUCAUUACAGAUAUAACAAAGUUUACAGGCAACACCCUGCUGUCUGUCACAGAACUAUUUGUCCAGACCCCUGUGACUCUCAGCCCUGUCAGAACGGGGGGACUUGUGUUUCUGAAGGACUGGAUAAAUACCGGUGCGAGUGUCCUGCUGGUUACGCCAAUGACCCCAAUUGUGCUCCCAUUCUGAGUUUUGACUGCUCUGUGGAUGUGCUCUUCCUGCUGGAGGGCUCCUCUGCUCUUACUCUGGAGGGUUUCUUGCGAUUCAAGUCCUUCCUGAAGCGUUUCAUGCAGGCCGUAUUGAGCUCUGACACUCCUGUAAAAAUGGGGUUGGCCCAGUAUGGCAGCGACGUGAAGAUCGAGGCCAGAAUUGGGGAGCACAGAGACCCGGUGAAGCUGAUCCAGGCUGUUGAGGGACUUCAGUAUCGUGGUGGGCAGACGAAAACCGGAAAUGCCCUUCGCUACAUCACACGCCACGGCUUCCAGAGCACGCCUGUGUUCGCUGACGUUCAGGACGACCUGCCGCGGGUGGUAGUUCUGCUCACCGGGACGCCCUCAGCAGAUCAUGUGGUGGAGCCAGCGAAGUACGCACGGGACAGGGAGAUCUUCAUCAUCGGUGUAGCGCCAGAAGGCAUGAGGGCUGAGAUAAACAACAUCACAGGGAACCCUCAGCGCACCAUCAUGUACCAGUCACCGGAUAGAUUGAGCAGCAAGAUCCCAGAACUAAGAGCCAAAAUUUGCAGCGUCGACAACCAGGGUUGUCUGGGUCAGGCUCUGGACCUUGUGUUUGUUCUGGAUGCCUCCAGUGGUGUCGGCAAGGAGAAUUUCAUUCACUUUCAGGAUUUUGUUCGGAGCACUUCAGUGCAGUUUGACAUUAAUCGAGAUGUGGCUCAGGUGGGAUUGGUGGUUUAUGGGAGGCGUCCUGUCACGGUCUUUGACUUGGACAAGUACAACUCGGGCUCCGCUGUGCUGAGGGCUGUGGGGGACGCCGCUUUUCUGGGUGGGAAGGCUUCUGUAGGUUCAGCCCUGCUCCAUGUGCUCUCCCAAAGCCUGACGGUGGGGAAGGGAGCACGUCCUGGAGUCAACAAGGCUGUGGUGGUGCUGACUGAUGGGACGGGUGUGGAGGACGCUGCGGUGCCUGCACAGAAGAUCCGUGAUAGCGGAGUGUCCAUAUUCUUGAUUGGCGUUGGAGACAUCCAGCAGGAGCUUCUUCUCCGCAUCUCUGGCUCUGAGGAUCACAUGAUCACCGUGCCUUCAUACGAUGACCUAAAAUACUCAGAGGAUGUGCUGGUACAGAUGGUGUGUUCAGAUGUGAAGAAGCCUGUAAACCUUUGCAGUCCAAACCCCUGUAUGAAUGAUGGCAUCUGUGUGAUGCUGAAUGGGAGUUACCGCUGCGAAUGCCGUGGCUGGAAGGGUCCACACUGCGAAACACGGAGCAGAGAGCAGCCAUCCAGAGGAGAUCUUCCUAAACCUGCAGGCCUGAGGCGACGGCAACCCAAGACUGAGAAAGAGCUGCUGCAGCGCUAUAAAGAGCAGCGCAGGAGACACACGUCCAAAACACAGAUCAGAUAACGGCACACACAUGUACACUUUAACAUGCAGACAGUUACUUAGCAAUGAGUCAGAAAUCAGCUUGCAAUUCGCAUUGACUUCAAGGGUGUGUUCACACUUGUAGUGCAGUUCUUUUGGUCAAAAAAAUAAAAGUGACAUUUAGUCCUGGUUCAGUUAACUUUGAAUUGAGCUAGAUUCACUUUUUUAGUAGUAUAUAUAUCCAUUCAGUUUGUAUCAGUAACAGCAUUUACAGUAGGGAUUCUAUAAAUUCCCCUAAUCAAUCAUUGUUUUUAUUACAUUGUUUAUGUUUUUUAUUCAAUUAAUCAUUAGUCUUAAUAAUGCAAGAUUUGUCUACUUCAGUGGCGUCCACAUGAUAGGAUGUACAAAUGAUGCUCAACACAUAAGCAUUUCUUAGUUAAUGUUAAUAAUUACAUUCACUCUGAAGUGUUACUGUAAAAUCAUUUAACUUAGUACAGAUGUCGCCACUGAGAUGAUUCGCUGUGCGAGUGAAUGAACGUGACAUCACGCAAUUCUGCAGUGCAAUGUGGUACAGCACAAAAUGGUCUAACAGAAGAAAGACAUGGCCAGCAGGGGGCAGUUAUGAAACAUAGUGAACAUACUUAAAGGUGCAGUAGGUGAUUGUCUUCAGAAGCACUUUUUGUUGUGCUGGUUGAAAGUCUCUUCACAUUCCAAUAGUAUUGGCUAAAGUAAGUGAUCUAAACGUAUUUAUAUGUAUUUUUAUAUUCUGGGUAAGGUAUAAAACUAAAAAAAUGUUAAUCCAAUUCGGGCCGACAUCUCUCAUAAUUCCGUUAAGUAGCCAAAACUGUCUGUCAGCAAAUGCAGAUGUGAACUUCUGAGCAGCCGUUUGUAUGCAGCUUCGCCAUUUGUGCAUUGCACGUUCAUGAGAGAGAGAGUGGGAGCGCACGCGAUCGGUAAAAACAUGCUGAAUCAAAACUUUUUAAAAACCUGAAUCAUGAAGUUACUUUUGUACGCUGGAGGAAGGAUGACACCAUGGCUGAAGGAUUUCUCUUAGACGGGUAAUAUUAUGUUUUUAAAACUGUUUUAGCUUCACGCAAAUCUGAUGUACCGUUAGAUGUUGUUGUUACAAAUGGGUUAUUUCUGCACAGAAGUGUUGGUCAGCCACUAAAAUCCUCCGAUAAAAGACUGAUGUGACUAUAUACAGUUUCAAAUGGUGCUUUUACAGCAUGGAUAAUGUAGAUUUUAUUUAGUUUACCAAUAAAACAUCAGUAAACAGCGCUAUUCCGCCUAGCUAGCUUUACUGAGGUGAAGGUGGUUUUAUAUUCACAUCACACUGGUUCAUUUUUAAACAAUGAUGACCUGUGACGCUUUCCUUAUAUUGUUUACCAUUCUACUCUGGAUAUCCACUCUGAAAUAGCCCUUCCAGUUGCAACCCAUCUCUGGGAAACAUCCAUACACACUCAUACACUACGGACAAUUAAGCCUACCCAAUGCACCAGUACCGCAUGUCCUUGGACUGUGGAGGAAACUGGAGCACCCCAAUGAAUUCCAUGCGGAUGCGGGGAGAACAUGCAAACUCCACACAGAAACGCCAACUGCCUGAGGGUUAAACCAGCGAACUUCUUGCUGUGAGGCGACAGCACUACCUACUGCGCCACCACGUCGCCCACAAAAUAACUCCUGCAGCUUAUUUUUUCAUAACUUAAUUUUAGUUACUUUUUUUGCUUUUUCAAAAUGUCAGUGUUCUCCUUCAAAUUACUGUUAUGCUUUAAAAAAAAACAGUUUAAAAUAUUAACUGCUCAGUUUCAGUGUAUUUCAUGUGUUCGUUUCAGUUUUGCUUAAUUUUUUUUUUUUGCAUGCGCAUGUGAAAUGCUAUGCUCCGGUUGUUUGAUUUGGGGGGGAAUUCGCUCGCUCUGGCCUGAAAAGCGGUUGUUCCUUGUGCCACCUGGUGGAUAUUGCAUAAAGCACAAAAAUGUUUUUUUUUUUUUACAUGAAAAGGCAGCCUUUGCAGGUGCAGCACAUCAUGUGACUGCGCUUGUCAAAUUGCAGCAUUACACAUGAAGAAAUGCGCAUUCUCAGUGGCCACAUCUGUAUGAAUAAUCUUGUAAAUGAUUUAUUAAUCAUAGUUCAACAUUAACAAAGCCAUUAUUAAAAUCCAAAGUUGUGCUUGUUAUCAUUAAUUAAUGCUUAGUAAGUUGAACUGACAUGAACUAACUUUAUUUAACUUAAAUAACAUUAAUUAACUUUAACAAAGAUGAAUAAAUACUAUAAUAAAUUUGUUACUAAUCGUUUGUUCAUCUUAGUAAAUACAUGAACUGACAUUAACUAAUAGAGUAUUAGUUUUAAAGUGUUUCCAAUUUUACUGUAAAUAAAAGGCUAGUAGUUUUUGUAAAAGGAAAAAAAUGUAACAGAAACAUUUUACGAUUAUGUAUGACGUGUCAAUAGCACCUUCUUAGAUGUACACAUUGUUAGCUGGUGCAUUUGUGCUUCCGUGUGAGCAAAUAGUUUUUGUUACUACAGUAAGUGUGUUCAUUUCUUCACAAAUGUGCAUAAGAUAUUGUGCAGUACAAGACAAAUCUAAGAUUACCAAUGAAUGUCCAUGAUGUGUUCCAUAUCGUUAUUAGCCCAAUUAAUCAGUCUUUAUGGAUGUCACAUGAAUAACAUUUCAAUGUUUACUGUAUAUACUAUGUUUAUGAAAUGUACCAUUUAAAGAGAUAGUUUACCUCAAAAAUUAAAUUGUCAGUAAUUACUAGCCCACAAGUCAUUUCAAACCCCUUAGACCUUUGAUCUUUGGAACACAAAUUAAGAUAUUUUGGAUGAAAUUCAUCAGCUCUCUUGAUUCUCUAUAUAUUUUAAUGCUUUCUACUCAUUGAUUGGUGUCCAGAAAGGUACAAAAAAAACUGUCCAUGUGCUUUCCUGAAUGGGUACCCUAUACUGACACAGAGGAAGGAAACUGUUGAAUAGUCUUUUUUAAAAAAAUGUUGUGCACACAAGUUUUCUCAAGCUUUUAUAUAUAUAUAUAUAUAUAUAUAUAUAUAUAUAUAUAUAUAUAUAUAUAUAUAUAUAUAUAUAAAUAAUUAGUUGAACUACUGAAGGAAUGUAGUCUGUUUUGAGGAUAUAUUUUUUGUAUUUUUCUGGUUUAAGUCGGAACCAUUGCUGUAUUUGCAGGACGAGAGAGCUCUCAGAUUUCAUUUAAAAUAUCUUAAUUUGCAUUCCAAAGGUGAAUGAAGGUCUCAGGGGUUUGAAACAACAUGAGCGUGAGUAUAAUUACAUUAUUGUAAUUUUUGGCUGAACUAACUAAAUAUGUAGAUUAUAUGCUAAUCCAUUCUUGAUAAUGAACAAUCUGAUAAUGCUGAUCAUGGUAAACUGAUAAUUGUUCAUUUUUGGAAGCAAAGUAGCUGAGAGUUUUUAUAAAACUCGAUUCUGCUGGAUGUCUUGUGGGUAAGCUGUAUGCGCCCCUUAGCAUGGACAUAAUUAACAUACAUGGUUUGUAUGAACAUCCUGAAUCACUCUAUGGAUUUUAAAAGAUUAUCAACAAUUAUUUUAUUGUGGAUUAAUCAUUGGCAGCCCUGGUUUACACUUAAUAAAAACAACAACACUAACAGUUCGAUUCAAUUGCACCAUAUUUCAUUUUAAUAAAACCCAGCCUGCUACGUGUGAACACAACCCAGAAUGCAGACUGCAAGUUUUGUAAUUGCAUUUACUGCCUUAAAUGUGACUUUUGCUAUUCACAGUCAGCCUUUAAGGGUAUUUUGACCCUGUUUGCAUUGUGUAUUCAGCACUGAAGGCCUUUAUGAAUAUUUUUUCUGUCUGAGAUUUGGACCUGCUUGUGAUCUGCCAUUUGCAAAUAUCCUCCCUGUUACAGAAAGCCUAACAUUAGAGAUAUUUAUUUUGUAAUACCUGUCCAUUUGUCUGUUGUAAAGCUAAUAAAUUCUCAACUGAAAUA